AUGCCUGGAAUUCAACUCGAGAUCUUCAAGUUCGGCGUCUGCCUCAUGUUCCCAAUCGGGUUCAUGUAUUAUUUCGGAACGAACCUGGACAAUCGCUUCAAGGUUAACGAUUUCUGGCCGAAGCCCGAAGAAUGCAACAAACUACCCCAAGAUAGAGAGGAAGUUGUUAAAGAGUACGAGCGAAUCGUCGCACGGCAAAAGGUUCGACAAGCUCUUCAAGAGGAGAGGCAGCGACAACAGGCGGAGCUAGCGCAAAGGAACGAGAGCUCUUGA